UCCGUGAGUUAUAACCGUCCACCAGAAAAUGACUCGUGUCAAGAAUAGAAGAAAAAUAUGAUAUUUACAGAGUAACAUGAAUUGGAGCAGUUAUUCUAAUACAUUGUACGGUGACGUAAUAUUUACAUAUAACCAGCAACUCAGUAGAAACGGUGUUUCGUGGAUUUAUUAUGAUGAAGUUAAAAGGUCGUGACUGACUGUGUUGACCAUGAUGUGGAGGACAGGUCGUGUCCUCAGUGUGAGGCUGGCGAGGAGAGGAGCAGCAAGACUGUGUUCCAGCAAGCCAUUAAAGCCUUCGUCAUCCUCUUCGUCAUCCUCUUCACCUCUCCGGCCCCAGGCUGAGAAGCAGAGGCGCAGACGAGAGCGGGAGGAGGCCAUACUGUCAGGUCACCACACUGUCACUGAGGAUAAAUCAGUGAAAUGGAGUGAGAAGCAGAAGAUAGUGUACACUGCCCCAACACCCCCUGGGACAAAGAAAGACACCAGCUUGCCCUUCCCCCCCUCAUACAGUCCAGAGUUUGUGGAGUCCAGCUGGUAUCAGUGGUGGGAGAAAGAGGGAUUUUUCAAUCCAGAGCAACAUGAGAGGUUACCUCACGCUGUGGAUCAGACCUUCUCUCUGUGUAUCCCUCCGCCUAACGUGACUGGGACCCUGCACCUGGGUCAUGCUUUGACUGUAGCUGUAGAAGAUGCACUGGUUCGAUGGAGAAGGAUGCAGGGCUACAGAGUGUUGUGGGUUCCCGGAUGUGACCAUGCAGGUAUUGCAACACAGACUGUGGUGGAGAGAAGACUGCUGAGGGACCAGGGGAAGCGUAGACGGGACUUAUCCAGGGAAGAGUUUCUGCAGGAGGUGUGGAAAUGGAAGAAUGAAAAAGGAGAAGAGAUCUACCAACAGCUGAGGAGCCUCGGAGCUUCUCUGGACUGGAGCAGAGCCUGUUUCACCAUGGAUCCACGUUUCAGCAGCGCUGUGACUGAGGCCUUCGUCAGGCUGUGUGACUCUGGUCUGAUCUAUCGCUCGGAGGGUUUGGUCAACUGGAGCUGUGCACUGGAAUCUGCCAUCUCUGACAUAGAGGUCGACUCACAGGAGCUUUCAGGUCAGACCCUGUUGUCUGUUCCUGGUUAUGACAACAAGGUGGAGUUUGGAACAAUGCUCAGCUUUGCUUACUCCAUAGACGGUCACGAUGGAGAGGUGGUGGUGUCCACCACACGUCCUGAGACUAUGCUAGGAGAUGUAGCUGUUGCUGUUCACCCCGACGAUCCUCGUUAUCAGGCUGUUCAUGGGAAGCGGUGCAGACACCCCUUCACCAACAGACUCCUGCCCAUCAUCACUGACCCUAUGGUGGACAUGGAGCUGGGAACAGGUGCAGUGAAGGUGACUCCUGCUCAUGACUACGCUGACUUCCUGCUGUCAAAGAGGCACUCUCUGCCACGUCUCACUGUCAUUAGAGGAGAUGGCACCAUGGCACCCCCCUGUGGACAGUGGCUGGAGGGAGUGAAGCGUUUUGAUGCGAGGGAGCUUGUUGUGGAUGCACUGGUGGAGAAGAACCUAUUCAGAGGAAAGGAGAGUCAUGCCAUGACCUUACCCGUCUGCAGCCGUUCAGGAGACAUCAUUGAACCUCUUCUAAAGAAGCAGUGGUUUGUCCGCUGUGAUGAAAUGGCUAAAAAAGCUGUACAGGCUGUGGAUGAUGGACAGCUGGAAAUAACCCCUCUCUUCUACACCAAGACAUGGAAGACAUGGCUGUCCAACGUCAGGAUGACAACAAUGUCCCACUGUUUCCUUCACAGUGAUUGGUGCAUUUCCAGGCAGAUUUGGUGGGGUCAUCAGAUCCCUGCUUACCAAGUGGAGCUUCCCAACUGUACUGACACAGAAGAGGAGCGGUGGGUUUGGGGACGCAGUGAGGAUGAGGCACGGCAGAGAGCUUCUGUCAAAUAUGGAGUGCAACCCGAAGUCUUGACUUUGACUCGAGACCCUGAUGUCCUGGAUACAUGGUUCUCCUCAGCCCUGUUUCCCUUCGCCAUGCUUGGCUGGCCACAACUGACCACUGACCUUCAGCGCUACUACCCCAACUCUAUUCUGGAGACGGGUAGUGACCUCAUCUUCUUCUGGGUUGCAAAGAUGGUGAUGCUUUGCACAGAGCUGACUGGACAGCUGCCCUUCAAGCAGGUUCUGUUUCACCCUAUGGUGAGAGAUAAACAUGGCAGGAAAAUGAGUAAAUCUCUAGGAAAUGUCAUCGACCCAUUAGAUGUUAUACAUGGAGUCUCUCUGGAGAGACUUGAGGAAAAAGUAAUGGAAGGGAACCUGGACCCCAGGGAGCGACUGGUUGCCAUGGAAGCACAGAGGAAAGACUUCCCCAAGGGGAUUCCUCAGUGUGGGACGGACGCUCUGAGAUUGGCGCUUUGCUCUCACAAGAUACAGGGAGAAGACAUCAGUCUGUCCGUCUCUCAGGUGCUGAGCUGCAGACACUUCUGCAAUAAAAUGUGGCAGACGCUCAGAUUUACUCUGGGAGUGUUGGUUGACGAUACAGCCCGUGUGACAUCACCAGAGGAGACGACUCCUCUGAGCAGCAUGGACCGGUGGAUCUGCUCCAGACUCUACAGCACGGUGUUACAGUGUGAGCAGGCUUUUGAAGCCUAUGAGCUACACACUGUCACAUCUGCCCUUUACUCCUUUUGGGUCCACAGCCUGUGCGAUGUCUACAUGGAAUGUGUGAAGCCUGUGCUGGUGCAGCAGGAUGACGCGAGUGCGAGGCAGGUGGCCAGCAGUGUCCUGUAUCACUGUGUGUCUGUGUCUCUGGCCCUGCUCUCCCCCAUCAUGCCCUUCAUCACUGAAGAGCUGUGGCAGAGACUCAGGCCCUUCAGACCUGGAGCUGCAUCCCAGACCAGCCUGUGUUUACAGCCAUACCCCUGCUCCUCUCAGCUGGCUCACUGGCAUUUCCCUGAAGAGGAAGGGGCCUUUGUGUUGAUCCAGGACGUGAUCCGAAUGGCCCGCUCACUACGAGCCCAGUGUGGCAUGACAAAAGAAAAACCUACCAUGUGGGCAGUGUGUUCACCCAGCCAGGUUCAGGUCCUCCUUCAAUUUGAGUCCGCUGUUUUGACUUUAAGCCGCAUCUCCUGCCUCCAUAUCUACUGUCCUAAUGGAGCAGGCGACCUCCACUCCGCUCCUCCACCUGAAGGAAGCCUUAUCGCUGUGGUGGACCACACAUGUCAGCUGCACCUUCACAUUCAGAGUGGAGUGAACUUUGAGAAACAGGUCCUGCAGCUCUCCCAGCGCAAAGACAAGCUUAAUCCAAAGCUGAAGGAAAUCGUCUGCAAAAUCCAAUCUCCAAACUACCUGACCAAGGUUCCUGCUCAUGUCAGACAGAAGAUGGAAUGUCAGAUGUCAGCCUUGCAGAAGGAACUGAAAACAAUCGAGGACCAGCUGAAGAUACUGCAGGAGAAUCAAACAACAGAAUAACUGUGCUGACGUCAGAGCUGAGGAACUUGAUGAUUUGUUUCCAAUGUUGUCUGAGCUUGAGAUCUCUACACUGCUUGAAUGAAUGAGACAAAAUAUCAUUAAUAUAUUGUACUUAUAAUAAACAUGAUCUCUCUGUCAAA